UCGGUCCCGGCUCGGCGGAAGGCGCAGGGCUGCUGAGGGCCCCGGCGCGCGCGGUAGCGCGACACUUACAAGCGCGCGGACCCAGUCGCAGCCGUGCGCCCCGGAGCAGAGCGGCCACUGCCCGGGGGCCUUGGCCCCGGAGCUCAUAGCGCCGCGCUGCCUGCGCUUUAAUGGCUGCUCGGCCGGCCGGUGCGUAGGGGUGCAGGCGGCUACGGCGCGGGAAGGCGCCUGAGCGAGCCUCCUCCGCGGCCGGUCGCGCUCCAUGGCGCCGCGGUCUUCUCGGACGGCCCGCUGACCCGGGACGAGCGUCCCGGCCAUGAACUGAGCCCCUCUACUGCCUCAUUCUCGCCUUUCUUUUUGCGCCUCCUCUCUCCGUGCUCCCCGGGGGCUGCGGCGCCCCGGGUCUCGGUGGCCCGCGGGCUCCGGGGCGCCGGGCGGCGGCGACGGGGGGCGCGCGGCUCUGGGCGCUGUGCCUGCACCAUGAACUACCAGCAGCAGCUGGCCAACUCGGCUGCCAUCCGGGCCGAGAUCCAGCGCUUCGAGUCGGUCCAUCCCAACAUCUACUCCAUCUACGAGCUGCUGGAGCGCGUGGAGGAGCCGGUGCUGCAGAACCAGAUCCGGGAGCACGUCAUCGCCAUCGAAGAUGCUUUUGUGAACAGCCAGGAAUGGACUCUCAGCAGAUCUGUCCCGGAGCUCAAAGUGGGAAUUGUGGGUAACUUGGCCAGUGGCAAGUCUGCGCUGGUGCACCGAUACCUGACAGGCACAUACGUGCAGGAGGAGUCUCCAGAAGGUGGCAGGUUCAAGAAGGAGAUUGUGGUUGAUGGACAGAGUUAUCUACUGCUGAUUAGGGAUGAAGGGGGCCCCCCGGAGGCACAGUUUGCCAUGUGGGUGGACGCGGUCAUUUUUGUCUUCAGCCUGGAGGAUGAGAUCAGUUUCCAGACUGUCUACCACUACUACAGCCGAAUGGCCAACUACAGGAACACCAGUGAGAUUCCACUCGUGCUGGUGGGGACACAGGAUGCCAUAAGUUCCACCAACCCACGGGUCAUCGAUGAUGCCAGGGCACGGAAACUCUCCAACGACCUGAAGCGGUGCACGUACUAUGAGACGUGCGCCACCUAUGGGCUCAACGUGGAGCGGGUCUUCCAGGACGUUGCCCAGAAGAUUGUUGCCACGAGGAAGAAGCAGCAACUGUCCAUAGGCCCCUGCAAGUCCUUACCCAACUCUCCAAGCCACUCCUCCGUGUGUUCUGCCCAGGUGUCAGCCGUGCACAUCAGCCAGACAAGUAACGGAGGGGGGAGUUUAAGUGACUACUCCUCCUCAGUCCCUUCGACCCCAAGCACCAGCCAGAAGGAGCUCCGGAUCGAUGUCCCUCCCACUGCCAACACCCCGACGCCUGUCCGGAAGCAGUCCAAACGCAGGUCCAACCUUUUCACAUCUAGGAAAGGGAGCGACCCAGACAAAGAGAAGAAAGGCCUGGAGAGCCGUGCGGACAGCAUCGGGAGCGGGCGAGCCAUCCCAAUUAAACAGGGCAUGCUGCUGAAGCGAAGUGGCAAGUCGCUAAACAAAGAGUGGAAAAAGAAGUAUGUCACCCUGUGCGACAACGGUGUGCUGACCUACCACCCCAGUUUACAUGAUUACAUGCAGAAUGUUCACGGCAAAGAGAUCGACCUCCUGAGAACCACUGUGAAAGUGCCGGGGAAGAGGCCACCCCGGGCCACGUCGGCCUGUGCGCCCAUCUCCAGUCCCAAAACCAAUGGCCUGUCCAAGGACAUGAGCAGUUUACACAUCUCACCAAAUUCAGGGAAUGUCACUAGUACGUCUGGGUCUCAGAUGGCAAGCGGCAUCAGCCUGGUCUCCUUCAACAGCCGACCCGAUGGCAUGCACCAGCGCUCCUACUCAGUCUCCAGCGCCGACCAGUGGAGUGACGCCACAGUCAUUGCAAACUCAGCCAUCAGCAGUGACACAGGGCUGGGUGACUCGGUGUGUUCCAGCCCAAGUAUCUCCAGCAGCACCAGCCCCAAGCUUGACCCGCCCCCUUCCCCCCACGCCAACAGAAAGAAGCACCGGAGGAAGAAAAGUACCAGCAACUUCAAGGCUGACGGGCUCUCGGGCACUGCUGAAGAGCAAGAAGAAAACUUUGAGUUUAUCAUUGUGUCCCUCACCGGCCAGACAUGGCACUUUGAAGCCACCACAUACGAGGAGCGAGAUGCAUGGGUCCAAGCCAUCGAGAGCCAGAUCCUAGCCAGCCUACAGUCCUGCGAGAGCAGCAAGAAUAAGUCCCGACUAACCAGCCAGAGCGAGGCCAUGGCGCUGCAGUCCGUCCGCACCAUGAGAGGGAACUCCCACUGUGUGGACUGUGACACCCAAAACCCUAACUGGGCCAGUUUGAACUUGGGAGCCCUCAUGUGCAUCGAGUGCUCAGGGAUCCACCGGAAUCUUGGCACCCACCUCUCCAGGGUCCGAUCUCUAGAUCUUGAUGACUGGCCCAUGGAGCUGAUCAAGGUGAUGUCGUCCAUCGGGAAUGAGUUGGCAAACAGCGUGUGGGAAGAGAGCAGCCAAGGACGGACAAAACCCUCAUUGGACUCCACAAGGGAAGAAAAGGAACGAUGGAUCCGGGCCAAGUAUGAACAGAAACUCUUCCUGGCCCCACUGCCAUGUACAGAGUUCUCCUUGGGCCAGCAACUGCUGCGUGCCACCGCCGAGGAAGACCUGCGGACCGUCAUCCUGCUCCUGGCACAUGGGUCCCGGGAUGAGGUGAAUGAGACCUGUGGGGAAGGAGAUGGACGCACAGCAUUGCACCUGGCCUGCCGCAAGGGCAACGUGGUCCUGGCUCAGCUGCUAAUCUGGUACGGGGUGGACGUCAUGGCUCGAGACGCCCACGGGAACACAGCACUGGCCUAUGCCCGGCAGGCCUCCAGCCAGGAGUGCAUUGACGUGCUGCUACAGUAUGGCUGCCCCGAUGAGCGCUUUGUGCUCAUGGCUACCCCCAACCUGUCCAGGAAGAACAACAGCAGGAACAACAGUAGCGGGAGGGCGCCCAGCAUCAUCUGAGCUCAGCCAACACUGCACCUGGGAUCCCAUGCCCGCCUGCUCCGGAAGUCACAGCAUGUGAGUUCCUCAGUCCCUCCCUCUUCCUGGUGGUCACUUCCACCCACCUGCCACUCACACACCCCACAUGAAGUCUCCAAACCUGGACAUCCUCAAGGGGAGAAGAGGAGGACGGAGGCCACAGAACCGAACCCUUUUCCCACACUCCGGAAGCAAUGCAGGAGGGACUGACAACCUCCCGACUUUGAGGAUAGCACAUGACGAGGGACCCCUGGUCCACUGACCUGGAACCCGGGGGAGGGGUAGCAAGGAGAAGGGGCAGCUUCCCCUAACUGGCAGUUAAGCACAUCAGUACAUUUCUCCUCGACCAAAAGGAGGCUUGGAUUUCACAUCUUCUCUGGGGAGCGUGACGGCAUAAAUCAGAAGCCAGCACAGUUUGUCAGGUCUGAAGCCCCUAUGAUGGUAGGUGUCAAAUCAGUUGUAGCUAAUCUGUCCAGGGAGAAUACUGGCUUCAUUACACUUGUAUAGUCGAGUUCCUCCAGCAUUACCGCUGUUUAAUAGGACGUGAUUAGUCAUCACCGGGAAGAAGGCGUAUUAGCCGAGGAGGUAGUUACAUGGCACGCUCCGGUGAUUGCCACGAUGUGAUUGCUGUGCGCUUAGAAGCAUCAUAUUAUCCCAGACAUGUCUCUCCAGCCCGUGGAGCCCUCCUUUCUAAAUUCACUGUCAUAAUUUAGUAUCUGUUUAAUUUUUCAGUCCAAAGAGAGGAAAUCAGUUCCUGGGUAUUAUUUGACUGCAAUCUCCUUCCUUGGUGCAAAAACAAAAUGGAAAAUAAAAAUAAAUAAAUAAAUAAAUAAAUAAAUAAAUAAAUAAAUAAGAAUAACUGGGAAAUUCAAAAAGAAAUCAUGAAUCCAGCUGAAAAUAGCUUUUCAAGUAUGCUCCAAAACUAAGUAAAUACAUAAAAUGUUAUGUUUUUUUUUCUAAGAGAGAUUUUCUGUCCUUUGGCCACAGUGGAUGUAUCUGGCCUCAGUCACUCCCAAUCCACAAGGUCUGAGUUACCCAGGUUUCUGUCGUAGAGAAGAUGUGUGAAAAUCUAUUUGAAUAAAAGAAGUUCAUAAAUAUGCAUUGAUUUUUGUGCAGACAAAUGGCACCUCUGUUAAUUUAUAAGUUGAGCUGGAUGGGAACCAAUAAUGUGCAACUAGUUGAGAUCAGAGGGUUACAGACCAGUGUACGUGGGAAAUGCUUCCAGCAGCAGGCACUUCCAUGAGUGUGGUACGCAGCUCUUUAAAAGGCGCUUAUCAGAACAAGAUGGUGGGACGAUUUGCUUAUUAAAACCAGAAAGCGAAGGGGGACGGGAAGGAGCCUGUGAGUCCACAUCUCGAAGGCAGGAUGGAGAGCCGAGGCCACUCUUCCCAACCAAAAGCAAGGGGCUGUGGCAAGAAGGGGUGCUUGUCGGCACCCUGGGAGCAGCUGCCCACCAUUCUGGCACAGCUGGCUCCUAAGAGCCUGCAGACUCUGUGUGCUCCAUCCCGCCUGUUUCUAACAUGUGACUGAUUUGUCAUCGUGGGCCACAGGGUGCAUCAGACACCAGCCACCUUCAGCACAGUGGUCAAGAACACCAAACUGUGACACUAUUUAGUUUUUUUAAAAAAAAAAAAUGAGGGGCAGCCUUGCCAGAGAGCCCUCGUGGCAGUGUGGCAGGAAGAAGGCCAUCACACUGGAAGACUGGGCAGAGCCACCACCUGGCAUCCUGUGGAGAAGCUCCUUGCUCUCAUAUAUUGAACUCUAUAUUUUGUAAGAGUUUUUCCUCUUCUUUCACUUUUUAAAAAAAAAAAAUUUAAAGUAGACGGGAACAAAAGUAAAGCUUUAGACAGCAUUUCUAUGUGGGUGA